UGUAAAUCCUGCCCACUUCUUUGCAUUGUCACACAUGCUUCAGUGCUCUGAGAGUGUUUAUAGUGCUGUGAGUUUAACACUUCAUGACUGAGAGCAGAACAGAACACAAUCUUCAUCAUCACACAAGACAAAAGAACAACAAUGAACAAAAUCACCUUCUUCAUCUGGACUCUGAUCUGUAUAUCAGGCUCCAGUGGACAGAUCACAGUUACUCAAACUCCUGUAGUUCAUACAGUCACACCAGGAGAAACUGUUGUGAUGAGAUGCAGCGCCAGCACUCCUUUAACAGGCUGUAGCCCUACAGCAUGUCUGUCCUGGUACUUACAGAAACCUGGAGAAGCCCCUAAACUCCUGAUUUAUAGAGUGAACAGCCUCCAGUCAGGAACUCCAUCUAGAUUCAGUGGCAGUGGAUCUGGCAGUGAUUUCACUCUGACCAUCAGUGGAGUCCAGACUGAAGAUACAGGAGAUUAUUACUGUCAGAGUCUACACAGCAGUGGUGGUGUGUUCACACAAAUAGAGCAGCUCCAUCAGCAGAUGUUCAGCGUCCUCACAGGAGCUUCAUGUUACUGGAAUCCACUGCUUCUCUUGUUUCUGGAGAUACAUAGGGGAAAAUCCAGAGGAGUGACUCUGACUCAACCUGAAGUUAAAUCUGUCCAACAGGAAUCCAGAGGAGUGACUCUGACUCAACCUGAAGUUAAAACUGUCCAACAGGGAAUAUACAGCAACUACUUAGCCUGGUAUCAGCAGAAACCUGGAGAAGCUCCUAAACUCCUGAUUUAUAUAGUGAACAGCCUCCAGUCAGGAACUCCAUCUAGAUUCAGUGGCAGUGGGUCUGGCAGUGAUUUCACUCUGACCAUCAGUGGAGUCCAGACUGAAGAUACAGGAGAUUAUUACUGUCAGAGUUACCACAGCAUCAACAGUAAAGCUGUGUUCACACAGUAA